AUGGCGACGGAAAACGGAGCAGCGGAGCUGGAAAUCCCGAGCUCAUCAACAGAUGCAGCACCAAAGGGUGCAGCAGGCGAAGGACCCCCAGCUGCAGAGAAAGACCCUGGGCCCCCAGAUCCACAGAAGGAUCCUGGGCCCCCAGAUCCAGAGAAGGAUGCUGGUCCCCCAAACCCAGAGAAAGAACUUGGGCCCCCAGAACCAAAGAAAGAACCUGAUUCCCUCCACUCAACGAAAGAUACUGAAGCCCCGACCCCAGAGAAAGGGGAUGGGGUCUCGGCCCAACCCUCAACCAGCAGCCAGGGCCCUGAGGGAGAAGGAAGCCUGCAGGGAGAGCCUGCGGAGGGCUCUGCUGGGCAGCCGGCAGCCCUGCCCGAGGAGACAGCGACAGCCGAGGCCAGCGUCAAGAAGCCCGAGGCUGAGCAGGGGGCCCCGGGCAGCCAGGACCCCGGAGAAGCCACGGCGCACAAGAAGGUAGCAGAGGGCCAAGCAGUGAGCAAGAAGGGCACGCCCGCCUUUCUGCACAGCCCCAGCUGCCCCGCCGCCAUGUCGAGCCUUGAGAAGCCCCUGGCCGCGAAGCCCCUAGAUGAGACAUUAGAGCUCAUCUUUGAAGGGGUGCCUGUGACCCCUGGCCCCACGGAAACUGAGACCGCCAAGGUAGCAGAAGGAGAGAAGAACCUCCCGGGAGGCAGCCAGAAGGAAGGAGAAGAGAAGGCUGCAGGCCAGGCUGGCCAGGCUGGGGUGCAAGGGGACACCUUGAAGGGGAUCAAAUUCCAGGCUGUUCCCUCGGAGAGAUCGGAGGUGGGGCAGGCCCUCAGUCCCACAGCCAGGGAGGAGGACUGCUUCCAGAUUUUGGAUGACUGCCCGCCGCCCCCAGCCCCCUUCCCCCAUCGCAUUGUGGAGCUGAGGCCCGGGAACAUCAACAGUCAAUUCAGCCUGAACUCCAAGGAGGCACUGGGCGGCGGCAAGUUUGGAGCGGUCUGUACCUGCACAGAGAAGGCCACAGGCCUCAAGCUGGCAGCCAAGGUCAUCAAGAAACAGACACCCAAAGACAAGGAAAUGGUGUUGCUGGAAAUUGAGGUUAUGAACCAGCUGAACCACCGCAACCUGAUCCAGCUCUACGCGGCCAUUGAGACCCCACACGAGAUCGUCCUCUUCAUGGAGUACAUCGAGGGCGGCGAGCUCUUCGAGAGGAUUGUGGACGAGGACUACCAGCUGACUGAGGUGGACACCAUGGUGUUUGUCAGGCAGAUUUGUGAUGGCAUCCUCUUCAUGCACAAGAUGAGGGUUCUGCAUCUGGACCUCAAGCCAGAGAACAUCCUGUGCGUCAACACCACAGGCCACUUGGUGAAGAUCAUUGACUUCGGCCUGGCACGGAGGUAUAACCCCAAUGAGAAGCUGAAGGUGAAUUUUGGGACCCCAGAGUUCCUAUCCCCUGAGGUGGUGAAUUACGACCAAAUCUCCGAUAAGACAGACAUGUGGAGCCUGGGGGUCAUCACCUAUAUGCUGCUGAGUGGUCUCUCCCCCUUCCUGGGAGACGAUGACACAGAGACCCUGAAUAACGUUCUAUCAAGCAACUGGUACUUUGAUGAGGAAACCUUUGAGGCUGUCUCAGAUGAGGCCAAAGACUUCGUCUCCAACCUCAUCGUCAAGGACCAGCGGGCCCGGAUGAGCGCUGCCCAGUGCCUCGCCCACCCCUGGCUCAACAAUCUGGCAGAGAAGGCCAAGCGCUGUAACCGCCGCCUCAAGUCCCAGAUCUUGCUUAAGAAAUACCUCAUGAAGAGGCGCUGGAAGAAAAACUUCAUUGCUGUCAGCGCUGCCAACCGCUUCAAGAAGAUCAGCAGCUCGGGGGCACUCAUGGCUCUGGGGGUCUGA